UAAGAAACAGACAGCGCAACACAGGAAAGACAUUUCAGGCUGCACCCACAGACCGAAUCCCUAAAAGAACACUUCACAGCUGAUCUGUGGCUCCCAUGUUGAAGCGGUAAUCUGAUAGCUGAUCGUUCUCAGGAGGAAAGUCAAGUCUUGACAACUCAAACAGUCAAAGAUCCUUCCGUUCCUGCACAGCACCCGAUGAAGCCCGUGUAUUUAUGACAUUUAAUUUCCUGCUAUGAGAAACAAUAUUCUCAGGUGUAUCAGACUGCAGGAACACCUGGGCUCCGUCUGAUUAAAGUAGGCACCUGUAACCCUGCAAUGAUGGCGUCUUUUUACGCGUUUUGGAUGUGGACUCUUAUCCAGUUUUGUUACGCAACGAUCUACACCAACGACUGGGCGAUAAGAAUAAGAGCUGACAAUGAGUCUGUGAACAGGAUAGCAGAGAAAUAUGGAUUCACAAACACGGGUCAGAUCGGGGACCUCAAGGGUUAUUAUAGAUUUCGCCACCACGAGACAGCGACGCGGUCCAGUGUGUCCAACAAUGAGGUGACUGUUAGCAUCGCCAAGGAGACCAAGGUGGAAUGGCUCCAGCAGCAGGUGGUCCUGAAGAGGAUGAAAAGGAACCCAAUAGCCAAUGACAUGAAGACCAAUCACAUUUCUGAUGCUCGUCUCGAGUUGAGCCACACACAGAAAAAGCACCACAAUGGUUCAGUAUGGAACAGUUUGUGGUACAUUCACUGCAGCGAUAGAUCUAAAGGCUGCCAGACUGGUAUGAACAUCGCGGGGGCCUGGAGGAGGGGGUACACUGGGAAGGGUGUGGUGGUGUCUGUCCUAGAUGAUGGCAUUGAGAGAGAGCAUCCGGAUCUGAAGCCAAAUUAUGAUCCAUUCGCCAGCAAUGAUGUGAAUGGACAGGAUCAAGAUCCCUCUCCAGAUUAUUCCAAUAAUGCUUCUAACUACCAUGGGACUCAGUGUGCAGGGACGAUUGCGGCAGCUGCAAAUAACUCUUGGUGCACAGUUGGAGUGUCUUUCCACGCACGCAUAGGCGGCAUUCGUAUGUUGGAUGGAGAUGUGACGGACAUUGUGGAGGCCCAGUCCCUGAGCUUCAGACCAGAGUAUAUUGAUAUAUACUUAGCCAGUUGGGGGCCAGAAGAUGAUGGGGCCACUUUGGAAGGACCCGGGCCACUGACUCGUCUUGCGAUACAGAAUGGCAUCAAAAAUGGCCGGCAUGGGAGAGGAUCCAUCUUUGUCUGGGCAUCAGGAAACGGAGGACAAAGAGGUGACCACUGUUCCUGUGACGGCUACAGUAGCAGCAUCUACACCAUCUCUAUCAGCAGCAGCACUCUGAGUGGAAGCUGGCCAGAUUACCUGGAGGAGUGCUCCUCCACACUGGCAACAGUUUACAGUGGAGGGGAGACAGAGAAGAUGGUAACGUUGGGCCCACUUCAAAGCUGUAGCAGGGCUAAAUCAGGGACCUCUUUCUCCUCCUCUGUGGCUGCAGGAGUCAUCGCGCUCACUUUAGAGGCCAACCCCUCUCUAACCUGGAGGGACGUGCAGCACAUCAUCGUCCGGACAUCAAAAGCUCAUCAUGUCAUCGCUCCUGACUGGUGCGUUAAUGGAGCCGGAUAUAAAGUGAGCCACCUCUUUGGCUUUGGCCUGCUGGAUGCUGAGAGCAUGGUGAAGGAGGCAGAGCAUUGGAAACAAGUCCCUUCGCAGCAUGAGUGUGUGGAGGAGGCUCCCGCCCAGCUGAGCAGAACAAUUCAUCCCGGUUCUGUGCUGACAUCUGUAUACAAGACUACAGGCUGCUCUAACGAGCCCCGGCAACACGUUGUUUAUGUGGAGCAUGUCGUUGUCCGGGUCACCAUCACUCAUGGGCGUCGCAGCGACCUUUCCAUUAAACUCACCUCACCUUCGGGCACCAUGUCACAGCUGCUGGCUAGCAGGCCACUUGACGACUCCAGCAAGGGGUUUCAGAACUGGGAAUUCAUGACGACUCACUGCUGGGGGGAGCUGUCAGCAGGGGAGUGGGCCCUGAAAAUCCAGGAUACUCCCUCUGAGAAGAGAGACGGCACUAAACUGGGGAUGCUGAAGGAGUGGUCACUAGUGAUUUAUGGCACCGCAGAGCAUCCGUAUCCCGUGCAUCGCUCGCGAGCCAGAUCGGCUGAGAUGCCGAUGGAUAGUGACCUCACAGAGGAAUACAGUGGACCCUGUGACCCAGAAUGCAGUGACGAUGGCUGUGAGGGGCCGAGCCCACAGCAGUGUGUCACGUGUUUACACUUUUUUCUAAAGUUCAAGAACAACACAAGGAUGUGCGUACCCGAGUGUCCCAAGGGAUUCUGGGGUGAUCGCCGGCGUUGUAAGCGGUGCUACUCCUCCUGCGAGAGCUGCAGCGGGAGUCGCAGCGAUCAGUGCACUUCCUGUCAGGAUGGUCACCACCUGACAGAGGGGACCAACACCUGCACGGCCAUCUGUGGGGACAAUUACUACCUCGACCAUGAUGCAAAUAUGUGCAAAAAGUGCAGUGAAAACUGCUUGAAGUGCACCUCGUACAGCAUCUGCACCGAAUGCAAACCAGACACAAGUCUGCAGGGGAAUCGGUGCCAGCAGAGUUGCACGGCUGGAUUCUACCAUGACAAGCUGGAAGGCACGUGCAAGCCCUGUCACAAGGCGUGCGCCACCUGUGCAGGUGCAGGUGUCAAAGCAUGCGACCGCUGUGCAGAGGGCUACCUGAUGGAGGAGUGGAGGUGUGUGUCCUCCUGCAGCGCUGGCUUCUACGCCACCGAGCCGAGCCCAGAGGUAGCUUACGGGCACAGGACAUGUAGGAGGUGUGACGCCAGCUGUCUCACCUGUGUGGGGCUGAGCCAGGAGAACUGCAGCAGCUGUUCCAGCGGUCACAGCCUGCAGGAGGGAGUGUGUGUUGUUAACACUGAGUGCACACACGGGGAGUACCAAGACGCUAACGGAGAGUGCCAUGCAUGUGAUGCAACGUGUCUGAAGUGCACAGGGCCGCAGAGAGACGACUGCAUCAGCUGUGUUUUUUCACGGGCUUUAGAUGACGGCCACUGCCUGUUGGAUUGUGCGAAGGGCAAAUACCUGUCAGGGGGCCAGUGUCACCUGUGUGACCACACCUGUGCCACCUGUGUGGAGGCAGGGCCGGGCAACUGUACCAGCUGUGACACCGAUAAGUUUGGACUUGAGCGUUACUUGUAUAAAGGUCAGUGUGUGGACGCCUGUCCUGAGGCCUUCUACCACACCAAAGAAAGAGGCUGUGAGCCCUGUUCGGACCACUGCCGCCUCUGCACCAGCCCCACCCGCUGCCUCAAGUGUAACUCCUCCUACUAUGUCUCUGAUGGAGCGUGUGCCAAGCUGGAGUGUGGAGAAGGCGAGGUAGAGGAUCCAGAUUACGACGAUUGCAUGGCCUGUGAGGAGGGCUGCCGGAAGUGUGUUUUGUAUAACCCCAGGCAUUGCUUGUCCUGCACUGAGGGCUUUUACAACUUUCAGGAUGGCUGCUACAAAAACUGCCCGGCCAAGACGUACAGCGUGGAAGAGGAGAUGAUCUGCGUUCCAUGUGAUGAAAACUGUGUGAGCUGCGAUGUACACGAGUGCUACUGGUGUGAGACAGACCUCUUCUUAUCAGAGGGGAGUUGUGUUUCAGUGUGCCCUGAUGGUUUCUAUGGUGAUGAAGACACCAAUGACUGUGAGGAGUGUCACUCAGACUGUGUGACAUGUAGUGGCCCGGAGGACAGUGACUGUCUGUCGUGUGAGGAGGGGAAGACUCUGGAAAACGGAGAGUGUGUCUCUGACCACGAGGUCUGUCCCAGUAAGACCUUUCGGAGCGAUGAUGGAGAGUGUGAAGACUGCCACCCAUCCUGUGAGUCCUGCUCUGGAGAGGAGAAGAACCAAUGUACAAAAUGUCCAAAAGGGCGGUUUCUGACCACACAGCAAACAUGUGUAUCAAAGUGUCCGGGGGGUUCCUUCGCCAGUCGGCUGAGCAGUGUGUGUGAGGCGUGCCCUGCAGGCUGUUUGCAGUGUGUGGACGCUCAGCGCUGCACUCGCUGUCAAAGCACACGGAAGACUCAGCUAUUCCUGCAGGAUGGACAAUGUGUCCAGCAGUGUGCCAGUGGUUAUCCUGAAGGCCAGGUGUGUCAGAGCUGUGCCGCAGGGUGUGCGUCCUGUGAGAAAAACGCCACCCACUGCCUCAGCUGUGAAGAACCUCUCCUCCUUCAUAAGCACCAGUGUGUGGAAGAGUGUCCUUCAGGGCACAGCCUGCGGGACAGGGAGUGUCAUCACUGUCCCUCAGCCUGCGAGGAGUGCAACCCCCUUGGACAGUGCACAGCUUGUGAGGAGUAUCAUUUUCUUCACGAGGGCCUGUGUGUGCUCGACUGCCCGGAGAGGUUCUUUGAGGACAAAGAGCAGGGGCAGUGUUUGCGUUGCCACCCUGACUGCGCUUUGUGUGAUGGCCCCAACAACAACGACUGUGAUGACUGCACGGACCCAGAGGCCACUCUGUACAGUGGGGCAUGUCUUCCCACCUGCCCCUCCAGCACCUACAGAGACGCUUUAACAGGGGAAUGUAACGACUGUGAUGCUUCCUGCCUGACCUGCUCCAGUCCCCACUCUAGCUCCUGCACCAGCUGCACAGAGGACCACAGGCUAGAAGGUCAUGGCCACUGUGUUCCCUCAGCCAACAAGUGCUCCUCUCGCCAGUACGCAGACGAGCAGGGGGGCUGCCAUCCAUGUCACAAAUACUGCCACAGGUGCUCGGGUCCCAGCAAAACCCACUGCCUGAGCUGCAACCAGAGACACCUCCUGCUCAAUGGCACCUGUAUGGACGCGUGCCCCACCGGCUAUUAUGAGGAGGAGUCGGGCCAGAGAUGCGAGCCUUGUCACGCUUCCUGUCAGACCUGCGUGGGGGAUAAGAGCCACGAGUGCCUCAUCUGUAAAAGCCACCUAUUCAGAGAGGGCAAAGAGUGUGUGGAGACCUGCCAACACAGUCACUAUGGAAACACAGGCUCGGAGAAGUGUGAGAAGUGUGACCCGAGCUGCGGUGAGUGUAUCGGGGGCGGGGAGGACAGCUGCCUGAGCUGCGCUCUGGGUCUCAUCUACUUGCGGAAAGAAGGCCGCUGCCUCCCCUCAUGCCCUGAGGGAUACUAUCACGAUGCCGCACACAGGACCUGCGAGCACUGCCAUGCCAGCUGCAGAGCAUGCUCAGGAAAAGACUCCCGGUCCUGCACCUCGUGCUUUAUUGGAUUCCUGCUCUCUGACGGCAUGUGCGAGUCCAUGUGCGACGUUGGCCAGUAUCCUAUAAUAAAGGGUUCAGUCCAUGAGUGUGAAGAGUGUGACGGUUCCUGUCUGGAGUGCCAGGGUCCCAGUUCUGCAAACUGCACCUUGUGUCCUCCUCAGGCUAUUUUAGAAGCUGGAGGGCGCUGUCUACUGUGUUGCCGCCACGAGGGGGAGGAGGGGGCCUCCACGCGAACGCAGGACUGUUGUAAUUGCACAGAGACACGAGGCGAAUGCAUCCUCAGCACCAACCUGGCUUUCAGAAAUGAAGAGGAAGAGGAGGCCAGAGGAAACCUGGCCAUCUUCAUCAUCGCCUGCAUCCUGUUGGUGUUUGGACUGGUGGCUGUAGUCUUUCUCAUCAGACACUCCCGCUCCAAAAGCGAGCCCCCGGACAUCACCCCCCGCGGCUAUGAGAAACUGGGCUCGGGUGGAGGAUACAGAGGCAGCAGUGGCGGCAGCAGACACGGCUACAGCUCUUCCUCCUCUACAUCUUAUAGCAACCGCAAGGCCAGCUCCUCUGGCUUCAAGGAGGCUCAGCUGGUCGAUGUCAGUGAACGCCGCGCAGGGGUAAAAGGGGACGAUGACGACGACGACGAUGAUGAUGAGGACAUUGUUUACAUGGGUCAGGAUGGCACUGUGUACAGGAAGUUCCGGUACGGACAGCUUGGAGAGGACAACGAGGACGAGCUGGAGUAUGAUGAUGAGAGCUACACAUUCCGGUGAAGAUAGAGAAGCAUUUCUCCCUUCUUCUUUCUCUCUCUCACUCACUCCUCUGUGCUGUUUAUCUCUUUUUACCCCAGGAGACAGACCCAUUUAUCCUCCUCUGAAUAUGAGUGAAAUCAAAUGAGACACUAGGAGCUGUUUAUAAUGAGCAGCAUUUUUCAACUAUCCAUUCACAAAAUGAAAUAUGCAGCAUAAAAAAAAAUGUUAAACAAUCUAAAAUACAUUUUUACAUAAUGUAGCUACAUUUAUAGUCUUGUUUUGGAGUAUAUUGUCUUCUUGGAACUUGCAUUGGUAUUACUAGUUUGGACAGUUUCAUGGAUCAUAAUGUUCAUCUUUUUACUUGUGUUGACAGAUUUGCUUUCUAAAACUGAUCAAAUGUGUUUUUUUCCUACCCUUUAUCCCCAUGUGUUUUUCUGACAAUAGUGUUCUGUUCAAUUAAAGUCUUGA